AUGGCAAGCCGGCUCACAUCCCGCAUCUCCGUCGUGGGCCCACCGCUCGAGGACCCGGAAGACUUCCUCGGCGAUUCCCUAGGCGUCGUCUUCCCAGACGAGAUCAUGAACCUGCACGGCGACGCCCAGCACGCGCUGCACUAUACGUCCCCCCAUCUACCCGAACCACUGCACAUCCAGCUCUCGGACCCAGACGAGGAGGACGACCGCCGGCUAUUUAGCCAUUACCUCUGGAAUGCAUCCUUGCUGCUUGCUGAGCUUGUCGAGGCCGGGACGUUGGGCUUGGAGAUUGAUUCGCCGACGGAUGGGGAUGGCAAGGAAGUCGGGCAGUUCAACGUCACUGGCCUGACGACGUUGGAGGUUGGCGCGGGAACGGCGCUGCCGAGUAUGCUCGGCGCGUUGCUCGGUGCGAAGCGCGUUGUUGUGAGCGACUACCCCACACCCCUCGUCAUGGAGAUGCUGCGCCGGAACAUGGCGAAGAACAUGAAGCCCGAGUUGUCGCCACGCAACACCGUCUCGCCCGUCCUCGUAGAUGGGCAUUCGUGGGGCGAGCUCGAUACGCCCUUCGCGGCCGAGCACAAGGCGGCGUUCGACCGCAUCUUCGUGUGCGACUGUCUGUGGAUGCCAACGCAGCAUGCGAACCUGCAAAAGUCCAUCGCCUGGUUCAUGAAGGACGACGCGGAGGCGCGGGCGUGGGUCGUUGCCGGCUUUCACACGGGCCGGGCCGUGAUGCGUGGUUUCUUCAAAGAAGAAGGGUUAAAGGCCGCGGGACUGGAGAUCGAGCGCAUAUGGGAGCGAGACUGCAACAAUGUGGAACGAGAGUGGAUUGAGGAUCGUGGACCGGAAGAUGACGGCAUCCGGAAACGGUGGUUAGUCGUUGGGGUGCUGCGGAGGGCGAGGAAGUAG